GCGGCGGCUGUUGCGCUGCCCUGCUGGAACGGGCUGCUCCUGGGUCUGGCGUCGCUGGCCGAGGCGGCCUGCGGCCUGGCGCUGGGCGUCCUGCACGGCCUCGCAGGGCUGCUGCGGGGCUGCUGCGCCAGCCUGGAGGGCCUCAAGGUGCUGGGGCACCUCCUCUCCCACCUGGCGCUGCGGAGCAAGGAGUUGCUGCACCGCGGGCUCUGCAACCUGCUCGGCUCCGGGCAGAGCCUGGUGAGGCAGGUGUGCGAAGGGCUGGCCAUCUGCAUGAGCCUGCUGGCCUACUUGGUCAACAGCGUCAUCAACAUGUGCCUCAUUGGCAUGCAGAACCUCUUCACCCUGCUGGUGGCCCUGUGGGAUUCGAUCGUCAGCCCCUUCCUGAGGGUCACGGACCUGCUGGCCGCUUUCCUGGCACAUAUCUCCAGCAGCGCCAUCGCUGUGUCCAUUCUGCUGUGGUCGCCCUGCCAGCUGGCCUUCGAGAUCCUGGCCUCUGUCACCGAGCUCUUGAUCAACGUCUUCUUUGUGAAUAUCUAUGGCUUGCUCUUGCUCAUCCUUAUUAUUGUGGUCAGCACUUUUGUGUUCAACCCUGGGCUGGUGUGGACGCUGGCCAGCCAUGUGCUCGGGUACCUGAACACGCUGCCUCCCUACCACCGCCUGCAGAGGGAUGCGUGGCGGCUCUACCAGGUGGCGGUCCUCACGCUGGGCAUGGUCAUGACCUCCCAGGCCUGGCGCAGGCUGGUGGACUGGAGUCUCCAGGUGUCCAACUGGAGCAGAGGAGGCAGAACGAUGAACCGGGAGAGCAGCCAGCGAGAGGCAGCCGUGCCUGUCCCGAGACCGGCGGCUCCGGGCAGGGCCGCGCUGGCAGCGGCAGAGCAGGGGGAGGAGGAGCAGGUACCACACGCGCGUCCAGCUCUGAAUCGAGGCGCUGUUACAGGGCAGCGUGUCCAGCCAGCCAGGGAAGAACCGGGCACCUCCUGGGUGCAACCUCCGAGGAGAGAGCAGCUGAAUGCAGCGGCUGGGGAUGGUGACGCUGCUCCGGACAAUGAUCCCUGGAUGCUUCUGAAGGAACAAGAAGAACGGAAGAAAUGCGUCAUCUGUCAAGACCAAACCAAGACAGUCCUGCUGCUGCCCUGCAGGCACCUGUGCCUGUGCCAGGAGUGCACGGAAGUCUUGCUGCAGCAGGCCAUCUACCAGCGCAACUGCCCUCUGUGUCGCCAGAUGAUCCUGCAGACGCUCAACGUGUACUUGUGAACCCAGGAGCAAGUACCUUGGGUGUUUUUUCGACAAGGUCAAGGACCAUCCCUGUUGCUGCCUGUUGUCCGGAAGCAGUAUCGCUCUUCCCAGCACUGCCUCGAGUUUUCCAAAGAGCUAAGAAUGGUGCUGGGAGGGGAAGAGGCUGUUGGAGUAUCUGUUAACCACACUUGUAAUGUAACUAGCCUAUGGCUGUCGCUAACAAGCACAAUGGCUGAUCUCUGCAGCAGGCCAAAAGAGCUGCCUUUUUCUGUUGACAUUUGCUGUUCCAUGGCUUAUUGCCUUGAGCUUACAGCAGCUUGAUAUCAAAAGCUGAUACCAUAUCAGAAAGAUGCUCUGGUUCCUCCUA